GGAGAGCGAACCCAGCUCCCAGGCCCGCCCCGCCCCCGCGGCAGACGCCCCGCCCCCCAGUGGCUUCGGGCGGAAAUGUUCCUCCGACCGCGCAUCGCCGGCCUCGCACUUCCGGCAGGAGGAUCGCGGCUGGGAGCGCCGGGCCGCGCCUCAGACCUGGGCCCUGGGAGCCCUGCCCGGUGACCAUGGAGAGGACUGGCUGGGUCCCCAGCCCCUCAGGUGAGGACGCGGCCUGGGCUCCACAGCCACCCGACAUGGAGUGAGGAGGACGCCUCCCACCGGGCGACGUGCUUGUUGCGAGUUCUUGUUGGAGGUCCUGGCUUGGGCCCAGCGGCUCUCCCUGCGGUCCGCCUUCAGGAGAGGUGCUGCCCCCGCCCACCCCCGCGGGCAGCCUCUGCUCCUGCAGAUGGGGAGGUGGGCCCUCGACGUGGCCUUUGUGUGGAGGGCAGUGCUGACCCUGGGGCUGGUCCUCCUCUACUACUGCUUCUCCAUCGGCAUCACCUUCUACAACAAAUGGCUGACCAAGAGCUUCCACUUCCCCCUCUUCAUGACGAUGCUGCACCUGGCCGUGAUCUUCCUGUUCUCCGCCCUGUCCCGGGCGCUGGUCCAGUGCUCCAGCCACCGGGCCCGCGUGGUGCUGAGCUGGACCGACUACCUCAGAAGAGUGGCUCCGACAGCGCUGGCCACGGCACUCGACGUGGGCCUGUCCAACUGGAGCUUCCUCUACAUCACCGUCUCACUAUACACCAUGACCAAAUCCUCAGCCGUCCUCUUCAUCUUGAUCUUCUCGCUGAUCUUCAAGCUGGAGGAGCUGGUGAGGCCCCAGCACCCCCUUAGUCCCUCCUACCCCCUCGGGUGCGGGCGGCGCUGGUCCUGGUGGUCCUCCUCAUCGCCGGGGGCCUCUUCAUGUUCACCUACAAGUCCACACAGUUCAACAUGGAGGGCUUCGCCUUGGUGCUGGGUGCCUCGUUCAUCGGCGGCAUUCGCUGGACCCUCACGCAGAUCCUCCUGCAGAAGGCGGAUCUUGGGCUCCAGAACCCCAUCGACACCAUGUUCCACCUGCAGCCACUCAUGUUUCUCGGGCUCUUUCCUCUCUUUGCCGUGUUUGAAGGACACGGGGCUGCUCCUGCGGGUGCUCGGGAGCCUCUUCCUUGGCGGGAUUCUUGCCUUUGGCUUGGGUUUCUCCGAGUUCCUCCUGGUCUCCAGAACCUCCAGCCUUACUCUCUCCAUUGCCGGCAUUUUUAAGGUGAUGGCGACCCUAAGCCCUCGAAGGGGCUGGGCUCCAACCCAGACCUGGAGCUGCUGCUGCGGAGCAGCCAGCCAGAGGAAGGGGAGAACGAGGCGGCGGAGGAGGACUUGGUGGCCCAGGGAUAGCAGCAACCGGCCAGGGGAGCAGCUUGGAAGCAGGCCGCUCCCAGCCUUCAUCCUGACGGCAGCUCAGGGACCAGGUGGCCUCUCGCAGCAGCUGGGAGCCGUGGGCCCGCAGUGUCCAGGCUGCGCCUCGGGGAGCACGGGACCCGUGAAGAGCUGGUCAAACGGGAGCACCAGGCAGAACAGGCCCCACGCUGUGCCGGAGUCACAGCCGAGGAGCGGAGGUCUGUGCUCAGCUGCUUGCCAGGCUCCGGCUGCCAAGAUCAUGAUUUCAGAGGUGUCACGGCUGUCUCAGGGGCCUGGGCCUGGGCUGCAGAGCAGCUGGGGGGAGAUGGAGAGCUGGGGGCUUCUCACUCAGACAGCUCUUAGCUCAGAGAGCCGGUCUAUUUAUAGUUCGGAAAUAAAGGGUUUACAGUCCACUGGUCACUUCAUGUUGCCUGGACGCGUGGGGGCAGGGAGGGGCAGUCGGCCUGGCUCCUGCUUUCUCUGCCUGGGGCCUCGCAGGUGACUGGCCAGACUCCAGGCCUUCCCGUCAAGUGUCCUCCUGCUUGAGCCCAGCACCCUCUCGGGGCCCGAGCACACCUGCAGGCAGGAGAGGGAAUGUGUGCUGAGCAC